AGGUAUAUAAGAACCACGGGUCGACCUCUGUGGUUACUGCAGUUGGCAGACUCAAACAGGCUCGCUUGUGAAUCCACUCUAGCACCUCAAUACACACUUGAGAAAACAAUGGCUCUCGCUGCCGUCUGUGCUGCUGCCGACAUUGAUGCAGCCCUGGGCGCAUGUGCAGGUGCUGACUCCUUCAAGCACAAGGAGUUCUUCGCCAAGAUUGGCCUCUCUGCCAAGUCUGCCGCUGAAAUCAAGAAGGCCUUUGAAAUCAUUGACCAGGACAAGAGCGGCUUCAUUGAGGAGGAUGAGCUUAAACUGUUUCUGCAGAACUUCAAGGCUGGUGCUAGGGCUUUGACCGAUGCCGAGACCAAGGCCUUCCUUAAAGCAGGAGACAGUGAUGGUGAUGGCAAGAUUGGAAUCGAUGAGUUCACUGCCAUGAUCAAGCCAUAAAUCUUGACCAAUCAACACCUCUUGCUUAAAGGAACAACACUGCCCACGACCUCCUUUUUCAUCACAAAAAAACAUCUGAUUUUUAUACAGUAGCCUACACGUGCUUUAGACAUGCCUGCCGGAUUGUCCUCUCCCAUGUUGCACUGUCCGAAAUGAUGACUGUCAAUGUAAUGUGGUUAUGUCUCAUGUCCUGAGUAUGAACUUUGGUACUUGGAAAAUCUGCACUUUUGGGGAAUGGACGAUGAGAGAAGAAUAAAUUUUCUUUUUCUUUA